ACCAUACUACUCGUCUGUAAUGGCGGCGAUCACAUCAUUCGUGAAUCGUGAAAGUUUUGCAUAUUACGUUUGUCAAUUGAUCGAUGGUGAAAACGCGACGGAAUUAUUUCACUUUAACAUUUUGCACACUAAUGAAAAACUGUUGAUCCAAAAUGAUCAAUAGUUUUUGAUUUAUUUUUUGGUGCUAAAACCAGAUCACUUUGGAAAAGUUUAUAACACGCCAAGGGAGUGUAUUUCCACACGAUCCAGAUUAACUCUUAUAACAAUGGGAGAAUUUUCACUUUUAAUUUAGACUUUCAGGAAAAUGCAGGUACAACGAGAGCUGCAUUUCUCAAAGAAAUUUUAAUUUAAUUUUUUGGUUACUAUUUUGUGAAAUAACCAAAAUACAAAAAAAAUGGCAACAAACGCUCAGUUUCUAACCCCCCCACCCCCGAUUAAUCUUCCCAAUAUGUCAGUUCCUCCACCUUCGACACCAAAUUUAUCCGCACCGCCACCAACACUAACGACAAUCAACACUUCGGCAAAUUAUCAACAUCGUUACAACAAUCAUCGAGAAGCAAAUAGGGGCUUCUUUAAACCCUUCAGACCCUAUCAUGCACCCAAAGUAAUAUCCGGUGGUCAGGAUGCAUUACAAGACGAAUUCGAUGGCAAGAGACUUCGUAAAUCUGUUAUGAGAAAAACGGUCGAUUACAAUUCGGCGAUUAUCAAAUGUCUUGAGAAUCGAGUUUGGCAGAGGGAUUAUCGGGAUAGACGGGCAGUUCAACCGGAUGUUAUUUAUUAUCCGGAUUUGCUUCCACCUCCGAGUUAUGUUGAUAAUCCUAUUAAUGCGGUUACAACGAGAUUCGUGAAAACGGCGACGAAUAAAAUGCGUUGUCCUAUUUUCUGUAUGGCUUGGACACCGGAGGGAAGACGUCUCGUCACUGGUGCUUCCAGUGGUGAAUUCACUUUAUGGAACGGUCUCACUUUUAAUUUUGAAACUAUUCUACAGGCUCACGACAGCCCAGUGAGGACGAUGGUAUGGUCACAUAACGAGAGCUGGAUGGUGACGGGAGAUCAUGCAGGCUAUGUCAAGUACUGGCAGAGUAACAUGAACAACGUCAAGAUGUUUCAGGCUCACAAAGAAGCGAUUAGAGGACUCAGUUUCAGUCCGACGGAUCACAAGUUGGCUACAUGCAGUGACGACGGAACAGUCAGAAUCUGGGAUUUUCUACGCUGCCACGAAGAACGAAUUCUCAGGGGUCAUGGAGCGGAUGUAAAAUGCGUCCACUGGCAUCCGCAAAAAAGUCUCGUCGUCUCUGGGAGUAAGGACAAUCAGCAACCGGUGAAAUUGUGGGAUCCAAAGACGGGACAAUCGUUGGCCACGUUACACGCUCACAAAUCGACUGUGAUGGAUGUUAAAUGGAAUGAAAAUGGAAAUUGGUUAGUAACGGCUUCUCGGGAUCAUUUAUUAAAAUUAUUUGACAUCAGAAAUUUGAAUCAAGAAGUUCAAACAUUUCGUGGCCACAAGAAAGAAGCUUCAAGUGUUGCUUGGCAUCCAAGUCAUGAAGGCCUUUUCUGCAGUGGCGGAAGUGAUGGUGCAAUUCUAUUUUGGCACGUUGGAGCUGACAAGGAAGUUGGAGCAAUUGAACAAGCACACGACAGUAUUGUUUGGACACUUGCCUGGCAUCCACUCGGACAUAUUCUCUGCUCAGGAAGUAAUGAUCACACGUCGAAAUUCUGGACCAGAAACAGGCCCGGCGAUCUUAUGAGAGAUAAAUAUAAUUUAAAUACUCUACCUGCUGGUGCAGUUGGUAUUGAUGAUCACGAAAUAGCUGAUGAAUAUUCCGUAAUACCGGGAAUGGGACCAGAGGACAGAAUUAACGCAGAAGGGGAAGCAGAGGACAAAAAUGGUGGUAUACCCGGUCUCGAUUUGGAUCACGCAAUAGACGAAGGAAAGAAGUUCACUAAUAAAAAAGUUCCUUACAGUAAACCAAUUCCAAGAAACUUCCAAGCUCAAUGGAAUGAGAUGGAAGGCGAAGAUCAGGAGCAGGUUGAAGCUCUUAACGCUUUUGUUAAUCAAUUAAUUGAAACAACGCCUGGAGCAUUGCCAUUGAAUGAGGUUCAACCUAAUGCCAUUAUACUUUAUGGAAAAAUGAUUUCUGUCGAAACUGGUAGCAAACUUGCGGAAGCGAUAUCCAAAGGUACGGACGCAAUAAACAAGUUGGUGGUUUCUGGGGAAAUUGAGGAAUUAAAAGAAAUAAUGAAUCAACAAGAGAAUACGGAGGAAGACGAGGACUAUCUUAACGACGAAGGGGAGAUUGAUUUUUCAAAAACACCAGAUGUCGAACUUCCGCCACCCCUGCCAAGUUCUAAAUUUGCACAGAAUCCAGAAUUAUUGAAAGCUCUGAAUCGUGGAGGAAAGAGAAAGUUCGAUCAAUUGAUUGGAUGGAGUGACGCUGGUGCAAGUGACAGAACGUCGAAAGUUCAUCAACCAGUUUUCGGUGGUUCGAUGAAUGAUGAUUCUCAAUCGAGUGAAAAUUACUUGAAAGACGGAUACAAUGAGGAGGAGGAAGACGACGAGGAGGAUUACAGGAGAUUUAUGGACGACGAUGACUAUAGAUUUAAUUCAUCAGGACUCGGUAGAUCUGAUCUUGAUGUGAGAAAUAAAUUUAUGGAUAAAGAUUUCAGAUUGGGAAUGAACAGGCAUUUCAUGGACGAUAGGGAUUCGUUUGGUGAGAGGGAUUCGUUUAGUGAACGGGAUAGAGAUGGGAAUAGAGAUUCGGACAGGGAGAGUAGAUCUCGUUGGGAAAGUGAUAAGGAAAUUGGGGAGAGUAGCAAGUUUGGGAGUAUGUUCGAAAAACCGCCGAACAUGUCAACGAUGCCUCCUCACUUGGGCAGUAUGUCCAAUCAUCAUAAUAUGCAGAACAUCAAUCCGAAUAUGCCGCCCCCAAUGUCGAAUAUGGGACCGCAUUCUAAUAUGCCGCCACAUUCGAAUAAGAGUAUGGGAAUGGAUGGACCACUGCCGCCUCACAUGAUGCAUCCACCGCCUCCUUUUGGACCCAACGGACCACCGCCGCCACCCUUUGGACCCAACUUCCGACCGAAUGGUCCGAAUUUCGGUCCGAACUUUCGUCCAAUGGGUCCUUUCGGUAGUCAGGGCCCACCGUUCAAUAGUUUUGGUCCACCCAAUUUUCGAGGUCUUAAUGGCCCUCCAAACUUUGAGCGACCUGGAUACGGACCAAAUUUCAGAGGCCCACCGCCAAGGCCCGGCGGUCCGAAUUUUAAUCCAGGUUUCGGAAGUUUUGGUCCGAAUAAAAACGGUCCAAACAUGGGCAUAAGAGGACCGAACGACAGUGGAAUGGGUAUUAGAAACAACUUUAACGGUCGGGGCCGAGGUCGCGAUGGUGAUGGGUCUAGAGGAAUGGGAAGGGAUAAUUACUGAAAAAAAUAAACAUUAAAAAAAUGUGUACAAAGAUUAUCGUUUUAGUGUAAGUUUGUAAAAUUUGUGUCAUCUUCAAAUAGAGGAAACUAACAAUCAAAUUAUCAUUUGAAGAUGUAAGACUGUAAUUCGUUGAUAGAUUUUUUUUAAUGUUACAAGAAGUCAUUUGAAGUCAUUUCUUGGUCAAAAUGCCGAAAAUAAGAGAAAGAAAGAAAGGUAAAAUUACGAAUUCAAAAGUAAAACGUGAAAGCUGUAAUAUAUUAUUACUAUUACUAAUUUAAAUAUUAAAUGUCCAGCUCCAAAAUGAGAAGAGCCUUUCUCACAAAGUUGCCUUUGAGAAAGAAUUUGAACUUAAUUGUAUUUCUGAGAUAAGGCACUAAAAAAAAAAAUAUAGAAAGGAACUGUGGGUCAUCAUGUCAGGCACAAAUUCUUGUGUUUGAGUCAAAAAGCAGUUUACUUAUUCAUUAUUAAGAAAAAAUAAAUUUAAUUAAAUGCAA